AUACUACGCACGUAAUAAUUUCUGAAAAUCUGCUCGCUCAAUUAGGAUAAUCGCAGACUGAAAAAACAAGAAAAUGGAAAGAACCAGCAGGACACUACUUCUCUUUCUACUCUGUCUCCACUCGCCGGCUUUCGCCGUCGCUUCUGUCAUCAACGAUAAUGCCGAUUCGAUUAUCGCCCGCUUCCAAGAAUACCUUCGCAUCAAUACUGCUCAGCCGUCGCCGGACUAUGCCACUUCCACCCGUUUUAUCUUGGCCCAAUCUGCCUCCAUUGGCCUCGAAGCCGAAACCCUGGAGUUCGCCGCUGGCAAGCCCCUCGUUCUUCUCUCUUGGCCCGGUCGUCUUCCGUCGCUCCCUUCACUCCUCCUCAACUCCCAUACCGACGUCGUCUCCGCUGAACCCCACAAGUGGCGCUACCCUCCCUUCUCUGCAUCCACUGAUUCCGCUGGAAAAAUCUUCGCUCGAGGCUCUCAGGACAUGAAGUGCGUUGGCCUCCAAUAUUUAGAAGCCAUUCGAGGCCUGAAAGCCAAGGGUUUUUCCCCUGAUAGGACCAUUCACGUCUCCUUCGUGCCAGAUGAGGAGAUCGGCGGCCACGAUGGUGCCGAAGCCUUCGCAAAAUCCGAGAAGUUUCGGGGACUGAAUGUUGGGGUGGUGCUUGAUGAGGGCUUGGCCUCGCCAAGUGAGGAUUAUAGGGUUUUCUACGCAGAGAGGAGCCCCUGGUGGAUGGUGAUUAAAGCCAGAGGGGCACCAGGGCACGGGGCUCGGAUGUAUGAUGGGAGUGCGAUGGAGAAUUUGGCUAAGAGCUUGGAGGUGAUUAGAAGGUUUAGGGCUUCGCAGUUUGAUCUAGUAAAGUCGGGGAGGAAGGCUGAAGGGGAGGUGGUGUCAGUUAACAUGGUCUUCUUUAAUGCCGGGACCCCAUCUUCCACUGCCCGAACGGGAUUUGUCAUGAACGUUCAACCAUCUGAAGCUGAGGCUGGCUUUGACAUUCGGGUUCCUCCAAAUGCUGAUCCUGAAGCUUUAGAGAGACGAAUUGCAGAAGAGUGGGCCCCAUCUUCACGGAAUUUGACUUUUGAGGUAUUUGAGUUGAUAGAUUGCGAAGAGCAAAAUGUCAGUGAUAUUUUCUAUUCUCGUUUUAGAAUUGGACUCAGUACAACGAUGUCUACUUGGUGAAAUAUGGCUAGUGUU